UCGGCUCCCCCCCCCCCCCGCCCCCGGCCUGUGCGGAUCAUGCCGCCUGCGACGCCCCUCGCGGUCGGGAACCGGUAGCCGGGACGGUUGGCUCUUGAGUUACGCUCUUCUUCCGCGCCCCGCCGUCUGCUGAGACCCGCGCCACCUCACUGCGGUGCGCGGCUGGGAAGUGAGGAGUGAAGUCGGCGCCGCCUGGGACGGGGGAGUGGAGCUUCCCGCCCCGGGCAGCGGCCAGGCAGCUCUGCGGUUGAUUAUGGAAGAUUCCCACAAGAGUAACACAUCAGAGACUGCCUCUCAGCCUGGUUCAACAGUUCCGGGAACUCACAUUUCUCAGAUAGUACAACAGGUGUCAUCAUUCUCAGAAAGUGAGGAGUCUCAGGACUCAUCUGACAGUACAGGCUCCUCCCAGAAAGCUCACGGGGUCCUGGCCCGCCGCCCAUCCUACAGGAAAAUUUUGAAAGACCUCUCUUCUGAAGAUACACGGGGCAGAAAAGGAGACGGAGAAAACCCCAGCAUUUCUGCUGUUACUUCUAUGUCUGUGCCAACCCCCAUCUAUCAGACGAGCAGCGGACAGUACAUUGCCAUUGCCCCAAACGGAGCCUUACAGUUGGCCAGUCCAGGCACGGAUGGAGUACAGGCACUGCAGACAUUAACCAUGACAAAUUCAAGCAGUGCUCAGCAAGGGACAAUCCUCCAGUAUGCCCAGACCUCAGAUGGACAGCAGAUACUCGUCCCGAGCAACCAGGUGGUUGUACAGACUGCAUCAGGAGAUAUGCAGACCUACCAGAUCCGUACCACCCCAUCUGCCACAUCACUCCCACAGACCGUGGUGAUGACUUCUCCUGUGACUCUUACAUCUCAGACAACAAAGACAGAUGACCCCCAACUGAAAAGAGAAAUACGGCUGAUGAAAAACAGAGAAGCCGCCCGAGAGUGCCGCCGGAAGAAGAAGGAGUACGUGAAGUGCCUGGAGAACCGCGUCGCCGUUCUGGAAAAUCAGAAUAAAACUCUAAUAGAGGAGCUAAAGACUUUGAAGGACCUUUAUUCUCAUAAAAGUGUUUGAUUCUUUAAAGAGAAAGUAUUUUUGUGGACUUUUAAGCUUAAAAAUUAGGUGGAUUACUUUUUAGUGAGUUUUAUAAAUUCAAGGGUCAAAGAAGCUACUUUGUAUUAGGUUUUCACAAGCAGACAUGACAGGGUGAAUGGGAUGACCUUCAGGAAGCUGCUGGCUCAACUGGAAGCUGGGGGUGGGGGACCGAGAGCUUGAGGAAGUGGACUUCACCAGUUGGAGUUGAAGUAAUAGUCAGCAACGAGCAUGGCAGGUGACAUUAGUGAAGCAGUCGGUUCCUGCUAAGUCUGUAUUUCUUUCUGUUCCCUAAAACUUGCCUGUGUGUGUGUGUGUGUGUGUGUGUGUGUGUGUGUGUGUGUCUGUCUGUCUGUCUGUCUGUCUGUCUUAUUUCUGCCAAUAAAUAUAAAUUACAAAUGUAAAAGAAAGCAUAAAGCGUUAAUAAGUAUGUAAAUUAUGUGGUCUGAUUGUGUCGUGUUGUCAGGUGUGUUAGAUGAGUUUUUAGCAGUUUUGUUGGACUUGAUUGAUUUUGGAGAUCUCCUAACCAACGUGAGGUCCAUCAUCCAGUGGUGGUGGUGGUGGUUUGUGACUUUUUUUUUUAAUCAGAAUGGAAAGAGAACUGUCUGCAAGCUUGACAGUUUAAUAGUUUGGUUUUUGCUUCCUCUGAUAAGGGCAAUUUUUCCUAAGUACAUAAUAAAUUGUUGGUUUUUUUUUUUCAUUCUCUAAUCCUGUAUGCAGUUGAAGAUCAUUAUUUUGUGCUUUAACAGAAUGAAGUGUUUACAAAAGCCGUUAAAAUGUUUUAAAUAACCUGAAGAUGCACACCAAAGCUUUCCUGAGGGAUUUUAUAAUCAUAUUACCAUAAGGUUUGUCAGGUUCUAAAAUAGUUACUGAGGCAAUCUUACAUUGAGACUAUUGUGUAAUGUAGCCUAUGGUACCUUUAUAAAAGAAGUGACUGCCGAUAUAUUUUUAUAGUGAAUCUUUAUAAAUUCUAAUGUUGAGUUUUUAAUGAUUAUUUUAAAUGUUUAUAUAGUUUGUUUAGUAAAAAAAAUUUGUAUCUCAAAGUAUCAUUUUUAUAUUAUGAGAAGAGUAAAGUUUUCAAUUGGCUGAUAAUUGCAUUGUACGUUUUAUAUAAAGUUUUAUCUAAAGUUCCAGCUGUGGUCAAUACACCAGCAUUUAACCUCUGUAUUCUAAUAUGUGUAUACUUGGAAACUGCAAAACUGUUGUGUGCCUACCUAGUAUGUUUCAUAUUAUCUAUGAAAUUAAAGAACAUUUGAUAAGA